AUGUCUGAUACACCAGCCAAGCUCUGGGGUGGCCGUUUUACCGGUGCUACCGACCCCUUGAUGGACUUGUACAAUGCUUCUCUUCCAUACGAUAAAAAAAUGUACGCGGCAGAUUUACAUGGAACUGCCGUUUAUACGCAAGGGUUGCAGAAAUUGGGCAUUCUUUCCGCCGACGAAUUGUCGUCGAUCCAAGAAGGAUUGAAGGUUGUUGAGAAAGAGUGGGAACUGGGGAAGUUUGUGGAGAAGCCUGGUGACGAGGAUAUCCACACCGCUAACGAGAGAAGGUUGGGAGAGGUGAUUGGAAAACACAUUGCUGGAAAAGUGCACACGGGCCGUUCUCGGAAUGACCAAGUUGCAACCGAUAUGCGGAUUUUUGUUCGUGAGACGUUGACCACGCUCUUGGAAUACUUGUCGCAGCUCAUUGGCACCAUAGUCAACCGAGCAGGUCAAGAAAUUGACGUUUUGAUGCCUGGCUACACCCACUUACAAAGAGCUCAGCCUAUCAGAUGGGCUCAUUGGUUGUCGUCCUAUGCCACCUACUUUACUGAAGACUACAAGAGACUCAAGGAGCUUUUGGUUAGAGUCAACCAGUCACCUUUGGGCAGUGGAGCGUUGGCUGGACAUCCGUACGGAAUUGACCGAGAAUUCUUGGCGGAAAAUUUGGGCUUUGACGGAGUCAUUGGUAACUCGCUUGUAGCUGUCAGUGACCGUGAUUUUGUGGUGGAGUCGCUCUUCUGGUGCUCACUAUUCAUGAACCAUAUCUCGAGAUUUUCUGAGGAUUUGAUCAUCUACUCGGCUGCCGAGUUUGGUUUUGUCAAGUUGGCCGACGCAUAUUCCACUGGAUCAUCUUUGAUGCCCCAGAAGAAGAACCCGGACUCGUUGGAGUUGUUGAGAGGAAAAUGUGGCCGUGUCUUUGGCUCGCUUGCUGGGUUUAUGAUGUCCAUUAAGUCAAUUCCUUCCACUUACAACAAGGACAUGCAAGAAGACAAAGAGCCAUUAUUUGAUGCCUUGACUACAGUCGAACACUCGAUCUUAAUUGCUACUGGAGUUAUCUCGUCAUUGUCUAUUAACAAAGAGAAAAUGGAGGCUGCUUUAACCAUGGAUAUGUUGGCUACUGACUUGGCUGAUUACUUGGUGAUGAAGGGUGUUCCUUUCAGAGAAACCCACCAUAUUUCUGGAGAGUGUGUUAGUCGGGCUGAGGAAUUGAAACUCUCCGGCAUUGACAAGUUGACUAUGGAACAACUUCAGGCUAUCGACUCCAGAUUUGGAGAAGAUGUAAAGGACGUUUUCAACUUUGAAGCUAGUGUCGAAAGAAGAAAUGCCACUGGAGGCACUGCCAAGUCUGCUGUGUUGAAGCAGUUGGAACUGUUGAAGAAGCAGGUCAAAGGAAAUUAA